AUGAGGAUCAAAAGCUUUGGACUUCUUUGUGUGUUGAUUCUGGUCUCCCAGAUGCUACUAGCCACCUGUGAAAGACAGAAGGAAAGAAAAAAGGGAAGACAAGGCAUAGAAGACAGUGGAAAAAAGCAAACAGAAUCUAACCAAGAAAAUGAAAAGGGGCAUAAGUCAAAAGGAGGAAAAUCUCCUAAAGGCAAGUUUAAAACCAAAGAAAAUGUUGAGUGCACCUGGGCAGUGACUGACAUGAAUGCUGCUACUGUGCACGUAGAGUGCAAGCAUGGUGACAGUGAGUUCUGGUGCAAAUACUCUGGAGACCCUUCCACCUGUCCACAGUAUGCAGCAAACCAGAAAUCCUACUGGAAGCAAGUCUCCCGAUCCCUAAAGAAGCAGAAGCAGAUCUGCCAAGACCCCAAAAGUGUCCUAAAAUCUAAAGUAUGUAGGAAAGGCCCACGAAGCGCUCAUCUGAGGUUGACCCACUCAAGCCUACUAACAUCAGUGGGUCCUGCGGAAGGGAGCACAGUUCAUCAUGCAAAAGAAGUUGCUCAGACCCCAGCAGCCACCUCUGUGACUGAAAAAAAGCCAGAACACGGUCCUCAAGACUGUGUUGAAGACAUAGAUUAUAUUGACCAGAAAAAGGUGGCUGAGGAAUACUGCCCAGAAAGCUUGCUUUCUUUCUGCAACUUCUUUAUCACAAUGGUGCAAGACAAAAAAUGCUGA